AUGAAUACUAGUGUUGUCACACCUGCUCCUGUAUCACCUCCUUGUGAAGUUUGUGGUAUAUUUGGCCAUAUUGGCAUUGAUUGCCAACUAAGUAGUGUUGUUAGAGGUCCUGAGCAAAACCCCGUUGUGAAAAUUAAGAACAAUGAGGGAGAGAUAGGAAGUGAUGAGCCUCAAAGUGAGAAAACUAUAGGAGAGAAUGAAAAGCCAUUUGUUUCACCACCUCAUGAGCCUAAAAAUCCAUUAACACAAGAAAGAAAACCGGAUGAUAAGGGUAAUAUAAUGGUAGAUGGAAUCAUCACUUUUAUUGCUAAGAAGUUUGGGGUACAAGAUGAUGGUAAUGAUGAUGGUGGUGAUGAAGAGGAGUUUUAUCCGCACUAUACUCCAGAGACUGCUGAUUUUUCAAAGUGUAUCAAAUUUGAGAACGGUUUGCGUGCUGAGUUUAAGAGGGCAAUUGGUUACCAGAAGAUUCGAGUUUUCUUUGAGAUGAGGAUGGUCGAAGAUAGACGGCCUAAGAAGAAGGAUGCUCCUGCAGAGAUUGUCUGUUUUACUUGUGGUGAGAAAGGCCACAAGAGUAAUGCUUGUCCUUGGGAUGCCAAGAGAUGUUUCCGCUGUGGAAAGAAGGGUCAUGCACUAGCUGAGUGCAAACAUGAUGAUAUAGUAUGUUUUAACUGCAAUGAAGAGCGUCACAUUGGUGCAUAA